CCCGAAUCCUGUCCUCUUCCAUCUUGCCGGCCGAGCCCCCUCUGUUUGGCCCUCCUGCCCCUGUUCCGAUGUUUUCCGCUGGCCGCUUUGGCGCGUCGGCCCUCCUGCCACUGCUGGCUGCUCGGCCCCCAUCCCUGUCCCCGUGGCGCGUGGCCGCCUUCUUCACGGUUUCGGCUGUUCUCCGACAUGCGGACGCCAAUGCCGCGCUGAUGCAGUUUGUUUCCGGCUGGUCGUCGGCCGAUCUGGAUGAGGUGAAGGCAUUCAAUGCGCGCGGGUUCGACGUCGACUCCAUCCCCAAGAACGAUCUCGUCGUCAAGUACAUUCGCAGCCGCGGCCCUGGCGGGCAAAACGUCAACAAGGUCAAUAGCAAGGCCGACGUGCGCAUUGUCCUCGGCACGGUCGACUGGCUGCCUCGGUUUGUCAUCGAGAACCUCAAACGCAUGGAGCCCAAUCGCAUCAACUCGGCCGGCGAGUUUUUCGUCCAGUCAGACACCAUGCGCACGCAGUCCGCCAACUACCAGGCAUGCCUCGAGCGGAUCGCCGAGAUGAUCAAUGAGGCGGCCCGGUUGCCGGGCGAGACGUCCGAUGAGCAGCGGAAAAAGGUCGAUCAGCUGAAAAAGGCCCAAAAUGAGCGUCGCAUCCAGGAGAAGAAGCGCCGUGCCUCGAUCAAGAGCGCCCGGCGGCGCCGCGAUGAUGACUAACCCCUCCACUGUCAGGACCGGGACAUGCACUCUUUGUCCAUCUCUUGAGGCCGUGGUUUGGCCGUCACACCCGCAAAAUAGAAAAGAGUCCUUUCCCUGUGAGAGGGGUCGCGUGGUGGC